GCUGAAUCGGAGGGGCGUGGCGGUAAGCAGUGUGAAGUUAAUGUGUAGAUUAGCUGGCUGGACACAUCAGCGACAGGACUGACUGACCUGACUGUGACAGGCAGCUAGAAUAUAGCAAAACACCUUGUUAGUAUCCCGGAUAUCUAGAGGAUAGUACAGAUAUCUAUCGGUGUACCGUCUCUUCUGAACCAGCGUAAACCGGAGCUGAAAUGCGAACGUAGCCGUUAGCACGCAAGCCAGGCCGAGGAGAGCUGGCUGGCUGUAUCCUUCAUCCAGACAGGAGCGUAAAUGUUUCACACAUACCACUUUACCGAGCUCGUCGACGCCGGAGAAGAUGCGCAAGGACGUGAGGAUAUUAUUAGUGGGAGAGCCCAAAGUGGGGAAGACCUCUCUCAUCAUGUCCCUGGUCAGCGAGGAGUUCCCAAAUGUGGUUCCCUACCGAGCUGAGGAAAUCACCAUACCUGCAGAUGUCACACCAGAGAGAGUUCCUACGCACAUUGUGGACUAUUCAGAGGCAGAACAGACAGAUGAGCAGUUGUUUCAGGAGAUUGCCAAGGCAAAUGUGAUUUGCAUUGUCUACUCUGUCAACAACAAGACAUCUAUAGAAAAGGUGACCAGCCACUGGAUCCCCCUCAUUACGGAGAACACAGACAAGGACAGCAGGGUUCCUCUGAUCCUGGUGGGCAACAAGUCGGACCUGGUGGAACACAGCAGCAUGGAGACCAUACUGCCCAUCAUGAACCAGUACAGUGAGAUAGAGACUUGUGUUGAGUGUUCAGCGAAGAACCUGAAGAACAUCUCAGAGCUGUUCUACUAUGCUCAAAAGGCUGUUCUGCACCCCACAGGUCCGCUCUACUGUCCAGAGAAAAAAGAUAUGAAGACACUUUGCAUAAAAGCCCUGACUCGAAUCUUCAAAGUUUCUGACUUAGACAAUGAUGGGAUUCUCAAUGAUCAUGAGCUCAACUUCUUCCAGCGGACGUGCUUCAACACCCCACUAGAGCCUCAGGCGUUGGAGGAUGUAAAAAAUGUGGUGAGGAAGAACUUGAGUGACGGAGUGUGUGACAACGGACUCACUCUGAAAGGUUUCCUGUUCCUCCACACCUUGUUCAUCCAGCGAGGUCGCCAUGAAACAACAUGGACAGUGCUGAGGAGGUUUGGAUACGAUGACGACCUGGAGUUAAAUCAGGACUACCUCUUCCCUCCGUUGAAAAUUCCUCCAGACUGCACCACAGAGCUCAACCACAAUGCCUACCUCUUCCUCCAGAGCGUCUUUGACAAACAUGACAAGGACCGUGACUGUGCCUUGUCACCAGAGGAGCUGGGGGACCUGUUUGAGGUUUUUCCCUACAUGCCCUGGGGUCCAGAUGUCAAUAACACAGUUUGCACUAAUGACCAGGGCUGGAUCACCUACCAGGGAUAUCUCUCCCAGUGGACGUUAACAACGUAUCUGGAUGUCCAGCGAUGCCUGGAGUAUUUGGGUUACCUUGGUUACUCAAUAAUUGCUGAACAAGAGUCCCAAGCAGCAGGGAUUACAGUGACCAGAGAUAAGAAGAUUGACCUGCAGAAGAAGCAGACCCAGCGCAGCGUCUUCCGCUGUAAUGUCUUUGGAGACAUUGGCAGCGGCAAGAGCGGCUUCCUCCAAGCCUUUCUGGGUAGUAACCUCAUGCGCCAAAAAUUGAUCAGAGAGGAACACAGAUCCUACUAUGCCAUCAGCACAACCUAUGUUUACGGCCAGGAGAAAUACCUUCUUCUUCAUGAAGUGUUCCCUGACUUCGACUACCUGUCUGAUGCUGAUCUAUCCUGUGACAUUGUCUGCCUGGUCUAUGAUGUCAGCAACCCUUACUCCUUUGAAUACUGCGCCAAAGUCUUCAAGCAAUACUUCAUGGACAGCAAGACUCCAUGUAUGAUGAUAGCAGCAAAGUCGGACCUGCCGGAGAUCAAACAAAUGUAUGGCUGCAGUCCCCUGGAGUUCUGCAGGAGGCACAAGAUGCCGCCUCCACAGUCCUUCACCUGUAACACCGCAGGAGCACCCAGCAGAGACAUCUACACCAAACUUACCACUAUGGCCAUGUACCCCCACGCCCGGCUACGCUGCAUGUGCACUUGUAACCGGUGCACCUUCUGCUUGUGUCAGAACUUCCUCAACUCCGAGCUGCUGCAGACGGUCAGGGCCAAACUCUACGCAGUCGUACUCAGAAGGCAUGUGAGCCAAGCUGACCUGAAGAGCUCGACCUUCUGGCUGAGAGCGAGUGUCGGGGCCACAGUGUUUGCAGUGUUGGGCUUCGCCAUGUACAGAGUGCUGCUCAAACCACGGUGAUUCUCGGGCACCUGGGUCUGACCCUCUUUACCCAAAUAGAGCUAUUUUGACCAGUCACAACAUUAGGCUUUCCCAAAUGAAAAUAGUUUUGAAAAUCUGUCAUGGUUUUGUAGUUUGAGUACCAAACUGGGUAUUUUGUUUUUGCAGGGGGGAAAUGUGUGAAAGCUUACCUUAGCAAACAGCAAACAUUGUUCCUUUUUUUUGUUUUGGCAUUUUCAUUCCACUUAACUGGAUUUCUCUCGUUGGGAAUAAAAAAGAAAAAUGUUUAAUUUUGUACCAAAAUUGCUAAUUUGCUUGAUAUGUUUGUCUGCAAGUAUUUGCAAAGUAAAUUAUCUAUAUUUAUACUGAAAAUGAGGGUAAGCUUUUCGGCUGUGGUGAGUAACAUAUGAGUGAGUGUAUAAAGCUAUUUUUUAGUUGCUUGCUGUCACUUGUAAUAUGGCUUGUGAUAUGUGAGUUAUACAAUAGCACUGAUGCUUUUAUUAGACUUAACUAUAUGUAAAGUGUGUGUGUGUGUGUGUGUGUGUGUGUGUGUAUAUAUAUGACAGACUGACAUACAUUUGCUUGUCUUUGUCGAAAAGGGUCAACGUGUCUAAUUCUUUCAAAAUACUGAAUGCAAAGAUCACAACUCGCACAAACGUUAAUUAGCAUUGAUUAUUCAAGGUGAAAGGUAACGGUUUGCCUUUCAAGGCCAAACUCUUGGACGCACACUUGUUUAAAAAUGUUUGUACUUCUGAGCAGGCCAGUGCUUGAAUAGUGGAUGUGAAUAUGUUGAAGGGUCUGCUGCUCUCUCUCAAGUCUUCCCACGUUGGUCACUUUAUUUAUCAGCACGUGCGUGGGUGUAUGUGUGCUAGGAUAUUGAAAAUCUACACUUUACAGCCAUUCUGUACAUUUUGUGUUUGCAUGCUUCAGAAAUUCACGACCACAUUCCAGUGUUUUAAGACUUACUGUGCAAAAGAGUCACGAUGCCGACUUCUCCACAUUUCUUUCCAGCUCCCAGUAAUCCAGGGAUGUAGUAAAGUUUAUCGACAGGAGUGCUGAUAGGGGUGCGGAUAGGUAGUUGUGUGUUGAGUCAUAGUGAAAUUUGAUAGUCUUUGACGCUUCUUGUGAUUCCCGGUCAUCUCUCAUGAUCGCAGAAGAUGCAAUAAUGUGGCCCCUGAUGUUAAUUUCCAUGCAGCUGCAAGGUUCAGUCAGAUGUAUCUACUCAUCCCCGCCUUUCCAAAAGUUUACAAUCAAUAAAUAUGUCUAUGACA